AUGAGUACGCCCUUCCCCUGCUUUGAAGAACAUGCGGUGCCGCCCAACGAGACCAGCCGACUGCAGAUGCAAAAUGCGCUGCGCUCGGCUGCCGAGGCCACCGAGACCACUCACGAUCUCAUGCUACGGUUUUUUAACAUGCAACUCGAAUUGACCGUCGCUCGUAUUGGCUGCGAUAUCGGCCUUUUUCGUAUUCUGUCUGAGAGCGAAGAGCCGCUCAGUGUGGACACAGUGGCUGAAAGAACGGGUGCUGCACCUUCUCUUUUACGGCGGCUUCUACGGUACUUGGCUUCGAUGCGCCAGGUUACCGAAACCAGCAAGGAUCACUUCAAAGGAAAUCAGGCGACCAAUUCAUUGGCCAAUCCCACCAUUCAAGACUGCAUUUACUACAUCUUCAAUAUCGGAGGUCCUGUCUACCAGGCACUUCCCGAAACAUUGAAGGAGAACCAAUAUAAUGACUCCAGUGGGAUCCUUGCCUGGCACCGUGGGUUCAAUACUAGGCUAGACUUCUUUCCAUGGGCCAAGCAGCACCCAGACCAUCUGAAAUGGUUUCAGUCCCUGAUGAGUGUUCCCCGUGAGGGCGACUGGCUGGAUGUUUUCUCAGUUCCAUCACUGGCCCAGUCGUUUGCCACCGAUCAGGUUCUAUUCGUCGAUGUGGGUGGUAACCUCGGCCACCAGUCGGCGCGCCUUCGCUCCCGAUACCCCGACCUUCCGGGACGAAUUAUCGUUCAAGAUCUUCCCGAGACGAUUCAGAAUGCUCCGGUAGUAGAUGGUGUGGAACUCAUGGCCCACAAUUUCUUUGAGCCGCAGCCCAUCAUCGGUGCGAAGGUGUACUAUCUCCGCACCGUCUUGCACGAUUGGGAUGACGAAAAGGCCCUGGUCAUUCUCGGCAGACUGGUGCCGGCCAUGAAUGCAGAGUCUUUAAUUCUUAUUGAUGACAUGGCAGUCCCGGACACCGGAGCGCACUGGUGGUCGGCCUGCCUGGACCUCCACAUGCUGGCUGUUCUGGGCGCCCACGAGCGUACGGAGAGCCAGUGGCGCGAACUUCUUGUGCAGGCAGGUUUGAGGCUGAUCAGUAUUCGCCCCUAUCAUCCGACGAUGCGACACUCAAUUAUUGUCGGUUCAUUGCCUUAG